AUGGAAGAAGCGGUUGUUGUACCUGAAUGUUCUCCCGAGCUUAAGCCUGUUGUAGGUCAGAAAUUCCAAUCCUUGGAUUUCGCUUUCACUUUCUACGACGUAUAUGCCCGCGCAGUUGGCUUUGAUACGCGCAAACAAGCUAUGAGGAAGGUUGAUGAUGUCACGACCUGGUAUCAAGUUGUAUGCAACAGAGAAGGAAGGAAGAAGGGCGAUGAGGAUGACCAGUUGAAUGCCUGUUCUGAUUUCACUAUCAAGCGUAGGAAGUUAUCUAAGCGGUGGGUUGUACGGCUAGUAUAUCCUUCAGGUUUUUCUCGGAAGAUUGCUCGUCAGGAUACAUAA